AUGUCAACAAGUAGCAGCAGCGCCGUGACCUCAGCCUUUCUCGGCCAGCCGCCCAAUAAAGCAGACGACUACCACAUCGUUCGUGGAAUCCUCCGCUAUUAUGGCUUGUUUACCGCCAACGCGAGCCUGGGCUUUGUGCCUGCAUACGCCACCCCAGCCGAGUUCACGCACAACUCCAAGCAGCCAGCCAUCAUUGCCGGUAUGGCCAUAGUGAUUUUUGUCAUCAUCGCGUCUACUGCCACAAGACUCGCCCUCAGGGCCUUCAAGCCGAUGCUCCACUUCGGCUGGGAUGACUGGACUGUCCUGCUUGCAUCUUGUGUAGCAGUCACGUAUCCUAUUUAUCAAAUUGUAAUGAUCACCGGCGGAGGCGGCGGUCUUCACACCUGGGACGUGAGAUAUACCCAAUUCGAAGUGUUCUGGUACUACGGCACCAUAUCCCAGCUCACCUACUACAUCUCUGUGGGGCUGAUCAAGAUCUCCAUCACCCUCUUCAUCCGCCGCCUGAUCGAUAAGUCGCACGCGCGGUGGAAGGCCCUAACGGCAGACAUCUUCCUCGCCACGCUGGUCGUCUACAUCCUGCUCGCCAUCUUCUGGUCCGUCUUCUCCUGCACCAACCAGCCAAAGGCGUCGUUCAGCAUCCGCUACGCCGGCACCCUGGCCACGCCGGCGAUAUGCGGCAACGUUUACGCUCGCGCAUGGGCUAUGAGUAUCAUUCACGUGGUGCAACAGGUGGUACUGCUGGCCAGUCCGAUCGUGAUACUCUGGACGGUGCGCAUGGACGUGUAUAAGAAAGCCCGCCUCUUCUUCAUAUGGAUCGCCGGCGCCAUCAGCGUCCUUGGAGGCCUGCUUCGCCAGACGCAGUCGAACGAUGAGUACGCGUCCGACAUCAUGUUCAACUACACGGGAAUCCUGGUCUGGACGAGCGUCGACCUUUGCAUGGGCCUUGUCACAGCAAACCUGCCUAUUAUGGACGCAUUCAUUUUCGGGUCCUGGGCGAGCCCAAGGACGGCGUACGGAGCCGGGGCGGUAGUCUCGGGGGACACCGCCGGCCAGGAUCUCGAGUAUGGCAAGGCGAGCCGGGCGACCACGAGGGCUGCGACGAGCAGGAGCUUGGCAGGGGCGAGUGAAGACGAGGAUCGCAAUUCCUCAACCGAGAAUAUCAUCCGCGUGGAGCACGAGGUUGAGCUAUCUUAUAUGCCGGCUGACUCACGCGACGACAGCAGCAGUGGCAGUCCUGUGCGCAUGUGCAGCAUCAGUAGCAGGGUUAUGAGUAGAGGCCGUAAAUCAGGCGAUAGAUGA